GGCCUGGCUGGCUGCCCCCCUUACAGGUGGAUGAAUGAAGACCCCAUUCAAGAGCCCGACGGCCCCGCGGCCCCCCCGAGCAGACGGGGUACAAAAAGAGGAAGAAGAUAAUCAAGGAUGUCAUGGAAACGAUGGACAUUCAGGCGUUUCCGCAAACAUGAUGAAAAAGAAGAACUCACAUAAGAAACAGAGGACCAGUGUGGGUCCCAGUAAGACUAUGUCUCCGCCCAGAAGGAACAUAGUGGGCUGCAGGAUCCAGCACAUCUGGAAGGAGGGCAGUAAGUCGUCCCAGUGGAAAGGGACGGUCCUGGACCAGGUCCCUGUGAACCCGUCUCUCUACCUGAUCAAAUACGACGGCUUCGACUGCAUCUAUGGCCUGGAGCUGUACAGUGAUGAGAGGGUGGUGGGGCUGGAGGUGCUGCCCGACAGAGUGGCCCCGGCCCGUGUGAGCGACUCGAUGCUGGCGGAGACGAUGAUCGGCAAAGCGGUGGAGCACAUGUUUGAGACGGAGGACGGGCCGAAGGAGGAGUGGAGGGGGAUGGUGCUGGCCCGCGCUCCCAUCAUGACCGCCUGGUUCUACAUCACCUACGAGAAGGACCCCGUGCUCUACAUGUACCAGCUGCUGGACGACUACAAGGAGGGAGACCUGCGCAUCAUGCCCGACUCCAAUGACACGGUGGCGGCAGAGCGGGAGCCCGGCGAGGUGGUGGACAGUCUGGUGGGCAAACAGGUGGAGUACGCCAAAGAGGACGGAGGCAAGCGCUCGGGCAUGGUCAUCCACCAGGUGGAGGCCAAGCCCUCCGUCUACUUCAUAAAGUUCGACGACGACUUCCACAUCUACGUCUACGACCUGGUCAAGACCUCCUAAGACCAGAAGACCCGGUCCAGGAUCGGGACCCCAUAAAAGACUUACUGAGACCUGCCUAGACCCUCCGAAAAACAAAACAAAACUCCCCAGUGAAGAACAAGUGAUUUGAAACAGCCAUCUGGGACGGAUGAUAUCAUUCAUAACGCUUGCUUUCAUGGAACGCCGUCAACACAAGAAAAAUACUUCAUUAUGGAACCCCCCCCCCAAGACAGGAGAACCACCACCUGCUCCACCUGUAUUCAAUGAUAUAUCCAUCAUCAUCAGUGUCCAGAUGUUAAGUUCCAUUAGGAUUCUUCAAGACACAAAAUGGUUUGAUUACCCGAAAUAAGACCAAGUUAUUUGACAUAAUAGAUUUUAAAUUUUUGGAAUAUUAGUAGCAAUACUUAACGAAUCAGAAAACAAAUUUUCUCCAAGCUGAUAGGACCCAAUCUUGAGAUCUUCCUAGAGAACAGGAAACGUCCCCCAUCGCAUUAUCCUCCCCUCCAGAGUGGCAGCAGGUCUGAAACUAUUUAAGUAAACGGAACCCCCCUCUCCUGAAACCUUGUCAGAACGCUUGUUGGGGGGGGCGGACCGGUCUGCCGUGGUUAAUGAAGGGUUGGGACUUCAGGAAGAAAGAAACCUAGAGAUGAAGUGAAAGCUGAACCAUCGUCUCCAUUUGUGUUUAUCCAAGGUCAACGGUGACUGGGUUUCAAUUAGAGGAAGAACUCAUCUCCAAUCAGCAUUUUACUGACCACUGAAAGAGUGGAAUAAAGUCUGAAGCGCACCGUGGAGAAAACAGACAAUGCGGACUACUUUCUGUUUCCAUCCGUUCACCAUUUGUGUUGAUGCCGAUGCCUUCAUUACCCAUAAUGACUUGAGGUUUCAGCAGGAGAGGGUGUGUUGAUUCGGCUUCAUCGGUAAGCAUCGUUAGCUGUCCUCUGGUCAGCCGAUUCUCACUGGAAGCGCUUGUGGUCGCCGCACAGAUUUAGUUUUCAGUGGGAGUGCUAAUGAUGCUAACGAGCUAAUUCCAUGAGUCCUAGGCCCUGGAUAACGAGGGUGAUGCUGAAACAUGUUCACACAAACGUUUCAUGGAUUCUGCUGAGAAUAAGUUCAGGUCACACAAAGAAAGGUGAGAUGAGAAGAUAGAUAUCAGUUAUUGAUACGUCCAGGGUGUGUUGAGGGUAACACUAUACUUAAAACUCAUAUUCAACACUUUAAUAAAUACGUAAUAAAUGGUUUAUAGCACACUACAAAGUAUUAAGUAAAUAAAAAUGAAGAAGCAAUGAAAAUAAGUUUUUCACUAAUUUAUUAAACAACACUGAGAUUAUAACUAAAUGAUAGUGUGUUAUGAACCAUUUUUGUACAUAUUUAUUUGGAACUUUUAAGGUGCUUAUCUGUGAGCAAAAACUUGACGCGUUUCCCAAAAUGUUUGAAUGAGUGGCUUCGCUUGGACGUCUGAUGCUGUAUUGAUCCGUUCCGAUCAGUCCUGACUGUGAGGAGAAAACUAGCAGUGGCUAUGCCCCGCCCCCUGUGUGCGGCGCUGUUCUCUGAUUGGCUGGACUCAAGCACAGAUGUGCUUUGCUACGGACCAAACCGAUCCAGUGUUCAUCUGUUAAAAGUUGAUUUGUAUGUUUUUAUAAAAAAAUCUUUCCCGUUCUUAUCUCUUCUUCUGCUUUCAUAUCGGCGCCCUGUAUCGUUUUAACUCUUUGUUUAUAUGUUGAUAUGAGCCGGCACAUACGGACCGCCUUGUUACCUCUGUAUAUUAUCUGUUCAUUUGUUUCACGUCUUCUGUUCUGUGUGCACUGUAUAUUACCCAGUUAGCUGUAGGAAGUUUCAAUUUCAACCAAAAUGACUGAAGUUGUCCCGACUGCACUCCACUGGAUCUGGUUGAUAUGUAGGAUUAUUAUUAUUAUUGUUUAUCUUUGCUGACAGACAAAUCUCUCCUUUAUGUAGUGUUGGGGAUUUCCACCUUUGCAAUCAGUUCCAGCUCCCUGUAGAGUGGUGCAGUCCUAAAACCUGGGAAUGAUUCAGCGUUUAACAACUUCCAGUUCCAUUUGGUUUCAGCGUUAUCUUGGUUACAUGCUUGGAGAAAGGUCUGUGCUAAACACAAGUUUAGGAGUUUCACGUUUUCUUCUACCACCAUAAAGUGCGUCCUUGUGAACUUCUGAAGUUUUUACACAUCAUAAAAGCAGCGUUUGCUUAACAAUUUAAACUACUAAACAUCAUUGCGCCAAGCAUAACUCGCCUUUAGCUUAGCAGUGGUGAUGCGAGGACAGGUUUAUUUAUAGCCUAGCCUUAGCAUUUACAAAUACUAUAGUAUAAGUGCUGUUAAAAUGUGGAGAUUAUCCUGCGGAACUAAACGGGUGUUUGCCGCAGAUCUUAUUUUCCCAUUGGAUUUUUGUCGAGGAAGCCCUUGUGAUGCUAACUUCCUGGUUGGCCAACAAAAUACACUGACUGCACCGCUCUAUACAAAUGUUCCCUUUUUCUUUUACGGUUCAGUCAGGGGUUUUGGAAGAUCUCGCAGAAUCCUCUGCUCGUAGCUCCUCCCAACAAGAACCCCACUCCCCCAUUAGCAUUAAACAGCCAUGUUGCCUGAUCCAUGUCUCCUGAAGGGACUCGAACAUCUGUUUGAAAGAACAUGGAUGUCACAACGUUUUGUUCAUUUGUUUUUAUUCUCGAACCUGCGUUGCUGUUCUGAAAUCUGCCGUUUGAUAUUGUGCAAUGUGUUUCACCGUUCUGAUACUAGUCCAUGGAGACUCCUGAAGUGAACGUUCCUUCUCCAGUCUUUGGUAACGUAAAUACGCUUUGUGGAACACACACAACACACAAUCUGCAGCCUCUUUGUUCAGGAGCCGACACGCUGUUUGUGUGUGUGUGUGUGUGUGUGUGUGUGUGUGUGUGUGUGUGUGUGUGUGUGUGUGUGUGUGUGUGUGUGUGUGUGUGUGUGUGUCGCUCUCUCUCCCCCUCCCUGUUCAGAGCAGUGUUGUUUUUGCAUGCAUGCAUAGCUCAGUGUAAAUCGAUGUGAGUUGCAUGUCUGUGUAGUUUUCAGUUGUUCGGCUGACUUUUGUCUGUUGUGGCUUUUUUUUUUUUGUGCCUUUGUUUUGAUUUCUGUUUUUUCUUUGCCCGUUUCUUUUUGUACUAUGUGUCCCAGAGGCUACUGCUGCUGUUUUUUUGGGGUUAUUGAGCAUAAAAUAGAAAAACAAAGAAAAUCCUCCUUGAAACAGAGCUGACAACAGUGUGUGUGAAUUCUGUUUCUGUGUGGAGUGUCCCCUUUAAACAGUGCCAACUACAGAUUCCAGUGUUGUACAGAAGCUCACAAUAUUUACUAAAAUAAACCAUUUCUCUGUUUUUUCAAUCACCA